GUCGCCAAGGAUACGCCGUUCAGUUAUUUGUUGUGCAACGUUGUUCGUGGCAACAACGAUACGUCGAGCAGGAGAAGGACCUGUGCCGUGUGGAGAAUUUGAAUGCGAACGGAGCGAAAGGCUUUCAGUGCCAGGCUCGAUUCGAGUGCCAGCGACAGGGACAGCAGCAUUAGCACCUGUCUAGAUCUAGAAACAUUUCUAUAUACCCGUAUAUUAUCCGGCCGGUAGGCGGCAGCGCAGUCAGCGCCGACUGCGACGACGACGUCGCUGCCCAGCUCACCUUACAUAGCAGCAAAUUCAAAUUUGAACUUCAGUCAAGUGUCAAAGCUCAAAGGAUUAGCAUGUCCUUGCAGCUGCAGCAUGUGUGAACCAGUGAAGCUCGUUCAGCAACAACACAAUCGUUAGAACCAAAUUACCCACUAAACUGCCAAAAACUGAAAGAAACGCGCCAGAAACGCAAGAGGAUCACUUGCAAAGUGUAACAUAACUGCCACACUUGGAGAAAAUAUCUAGAGUGCCAAUUAUCGAGAGAGAGGUUUUUCAAUGGGGCAAAGGAACAUGGCGCCGCAACAGCAGAACUCCACAUUCAUCGAUGAUAAUAUGGGCAGCUGUCCAUCGCUGCUAAAUCUACCCGAAAGCCCCAUUCUUCCACCGCGACGAUGUCAAAAUCAAGACACCAACAACAAUAAUAAUAAUAAUAAUAAUAAGCAGGCUGCAUUCGAGGAGCGUUUGGUGGAUGAGUCGGUGGGGGAGCCACCAUUAGCACCACCUAAAGCACCACCACCACCACCAUUAACUCGGCAAGCGUGCAAAAAUAAACACGGCAGGGAAAACGGAAACGUUGGCCAGGCCAGUCGUCGCCACCGUUCCAUUUCCCUCUAUGGCGUUAAUAGCACAGUGGAGCAAGGCCACAAGGAAAUCCCCAUCUGGAUGGACGAUGGCGAGGCGCGUUACGUAUCGGGAGUGACGAACAAAACGACUUGCGAUGACAUAAUCAAGGCCCUGAUUGAUGACGAACUGAGCAACGGCGAUGGGUAUUUCGGCGGCAUUAAUCCGAAAGAUGGCGGCCAGAGGAAUACGGCGGCAGCAUCGCGUGACUACGGCGAUUACAUUAUAACGGAAAGUUGGGGCGGCAUAGAGCGGAGCUACGAUGGCAACAUGGCCAUUUUGCCCGUUUGGCGCGCUUGGAGUCGUGUACACAAUGAGCUCCGCAUAUCUUUGAAACAUCGUGAUAACUUCAGAGAUCCCCAGGCCAUGCAAUUAGUACCCCAUACACAAGACACCACAAGUUUUUCCAUGAUCAAGUGGCUUAAGAAACUACUGCAUUUUAAAAAGGGGAAAAAAAUAAUGCCAAAACCUACCAAGACACCGCCAAAAGUGCCCAAUAAAUUGAAGGAGAAGAGUUUGCUUGGUCAAAAGCAAUCGAUGGCCGAUGAUUUGGUACUGGUUAUAAUGCCAGACCAACUUUAUAGGGGUACGGAAAGUGCAGCCAAGGCCAAGCUAUAUAAACUGGCCGAGAAUCGGGUUUCCAAGCAACGACGUCGAAGGCGAAGUCGCCACGAGGUAACCAAAGCUUCGAUAGAAACAUUUAAGACUGCGAUUCCCAGCGAAUGCAACAACAACAACAACUAUAAUAACUGCAUAAGGAGGCGAAAGGAUAAGCCAAUGCGUAAUAGUGUUCGCAAUAAACUGGCAUCCCUUCAUGCCGAUAUGAAUGUUCGCUAUGAAAAGGAGUACGCAUUGACACGUCAGUUAUCGGAAAAGUGUCGAUUAUAUCGAUUGCAAAACGAACGGUACAAGGGACCGGAAAUGGAGGUAUCGGUCGGGCAAUUGCAGCGAAAUAUCGAGGCUUAUGCGGAGGACAUCAUUAAAACCGAGCACGAACUGCUCGAACUGAAGAACGAUAUCAGACACGAUAUAUCACUGAUUAACAAUUUAAAACGUCUGACUUUGGAGGAAACGACGACUGACACUGUCUCGGUACCACAACCCUCACAAGAAGUGAAAAAUACCCCUCAAGUUGCUAAAAGUAUGCAGGAAAUGCAGUUUGUUGAUAAUAUUUACGAGUUUUGCGAUAAUAAUGCCAGUAUGCUGGUGUAAUUAUAAAUAGUUGUAUUUUGUUAAGUUUUCUAUUAAAUAAAUAUACAAAU